AUGCUGUUCUUGCAAAAGAUGCGCGUAAGAAAGGCGUCCACUUUGUUUCUACUAUGCUUGAUCAUGUUGGGAAUGAUCAGCCUUUCCUUGGCUAAUGAGGCUGUCGAAACCGAACAAAAGGAAGAAAUGGCCUCCAAAGUAGUCAGGCAGUGGCUUUACGCCAAUUUCCCCGAGCUGCGAGGAAAAGUCACGGGGGAUAACUACCCUCCACCGCCCACGGCGGAACUCUUGCUCAAGAUCUUGAACGUUAUCCAAAUGUGCGGUCUCCUCUUUGUUUUCCUUGGAGACAAGCUCUUUGGUGUCGUUGGAAUGAGCUACGUUCCUUCUUGGUAUGCAACGGUACAAAAGAAUGGGAUGCAAAUAGCCAUCUUUGUCUACCUCUUGCUUCCUAACGUGCUCUCGAAGUACAUGAUUUCUGGUGCUUUUGAGAUCAUUCUCGAUGGUGAGACAAUUUUUUCCAAGCUAGAGACUGGCCGUCUGCCUCAAAUGGGUGAUUUGGUGGCCCCAUUGGUGAAUGCUGGUUUGACACAAGUAUCCCAAUAA